CAAAGAUGGCAGAUGACACUUCCGGAAUAAAAAUUAAGACUCAUACAAUUGAGUUAGACUAUAAUGUAGCCUGGGGACAGAAACUUGGAACUGGCAUCAGUGGUCCAGUAAGACCCUGUACAUGCAAGAAGACUGGCCAAAGAUUUGCACUGAAAUGCCUAUUGGACCGCAGCAAAGCACGUACAGAGGUACGCCUGCAUGUAAAAUGUAGCGGACAUCCUAACAUUGUGACCAUCUACAAUGUCUAUGCUAAUGAUGUGCAGUUUCCCGGGGAGGCACAACCAAAGGCUAGGUUGCUAGUGGUGAUGGAACUAAUGGAUGGUGGUGAGCUGUUUGAUCGAAUCAGCCAACAACGAUGUUUCACAGAGAAGCAAGUUGCCAGCUAUACAAGACAGAUUGCAAAAGCAGUUGAUAGAUGUCACUCCCUGAAUAUUGCCCACAGGGAUUUGAAGCCUGAGAAUCUCCUUCUGAAGGAUAAUACUGAAGAUGCUGUGGUUAAGCUGUCAGACUUUGGGUUUGCAAAGAUAGAUGAUGGCAACCUAAUGACACCUCAUUUCACUCCAUAUUAUGUGGCUCCUCAAGUCCUGGAGGCCCAGAGGCAGCAGAACAAAGACAAGUACCACAUUAUACCUAGUGCCGUGCCAUAUACUUAUGAUAAGGCAUGCGACAUGUGGAGCCUUGGUGUAAUUAUUUACAUCAUGUUAUGUGGCUACCCUCCAUUUUACUCUGAGACUCCUUCCAAACAAAUCACAAACAAAAUGAAGAAGCGAAUAAUGGCAGGAGAAUACGAGUUCCCCACUGAAGAUUGGUCACAUGUUUCAGAACAUGCAAAAUCUCUAGUAAAGAAGUUACUGAUGACAGACCCUCAACAUAGGAUGGUGGUAGAUGACCUCUUACGUGAUUCCUGGCUGGACGGUGAUGCCCCCUCUACACCACUCCACUCACCAACCAUUAUGUUGGACAAGAAUCUUCUUGAAGAAGCCAGACAGCAGCAUGCCCUUCAACUGACAAACAUGAGAUUGCCUGACCCUCAGUUAACUCUUAAACCUCUAAAAAAUGUUAAUAAUCCAAUUAUUAAGAAACGCCAGAACUCCAGUGCAAUAGGACCUCAACAGACACAGGGUGAACCUCCCAGGAAACAGUCAUCACGAGAUGUUGCUAUACAGAAACUUCGAGAUAUUAUAGCUUACCUUAUAUUACCCCCAGCAAGUGAAGAUUACACGGAACAACUGAAUAAUCUCAUAGAUGAAGCUCUCAGAUUGUAUGAAUUUGAGGAAAAUAAGGAUAUUUUAGGCACCCUUCAUGAUAUGAAAAACAUGGAUUUUAACAUAAGCAUUGAAAGACAAACUGUUGCUCACUCAUUGAGUGAAAUGGUGAAAUCCUUGACAGAUCCCAUGUUGGACAAUAACAAACCAUUGCAAUCUACCUCAUCUAGCCAUCAACACAGAGCAGAUCCAACUGUUCUCUAAUAGACCUGAUAUUAGAGAAUUCUAAUCAUGAUAUUAGACUUUUAAAUUUAGAAAUCCAAUUUCAAAUUCAAUUCAAAUGAAAUGACAUGCAGGGAUAUAGGCUAGUGCACU